GGCUGCUGGGAACUGUAGUUCCGGCGUCUUCAGCGGAGCAGGAAAACAGAGCACUUGGCCAUGCCGGGACACCGAGCAACGUAUUCAGCAAAACAGGGUGACUGAGUGUCGUCCUCAGCUGACUAGGAACGCUGAGCGCCGUCCUCAGACGAGCAAGGAGGCUGAAUUACGUUCUCCGCGAACUCGGCAUGCUGUACGAGAUCCACAAUAUGGGAGGAAGGGUGAUUUAGUGUAAAACCAGUAACCAGAGACACAACGCCUGAAUCACGAGGUAAUCACGAUCUUUUUAACUCUGAUGAAGAGACUUGACAUUAAUGAUUAUUAGAUGAACACUUUUAUGAAAUGCAGUUGUAGAGUUUUAGCUAAUUGUUAUUUGCAGGGAUUUCCUUAUCAUACCAGCACUAAGGACUGUUUCACUGGCAUACAGGUACGGGAUUAUUCGUUGUUACUUGCUGUGACUAAUUGUGAUUGUGUGUGUGUGUGUGUGUGUGUGUGUGUGUGUGUGUGUGUGUGUGUGUGUGUGUUAAGGUCGUUGAGCCAAACCUGCAGCUGCUGCCCACUGAACUUCACCACGACCCUGUCGUUCUGAUAACCAAACCCCUCAUUUAUUUUUAAAGCCAAUUACAAAAUUGUAGAAAGUGACAGAAUGUUAGAUGUGUUAGUAUGAAACUGCUAUGAUAAGAAGCACUUGUGAUCUUAGUGCUCUACUUUCCACAGCCUCUCACUGCCGGUGAGAUGAGCAGCGCCUGUUGUAAUGUUCAGUUCCCCUCUUCAGACUACUUCAGAUUCCAGUCUGGGUCAGUGAACAUUAGGAGGUACUUCCUCGGAAUGAUGAGGGGUCCAGAGAGUCGGCUCUGCUGGUUUAAAACCACCAAGACAUGCUGGUUGAUCCAGCAUGGAUCUGAUAUUAAAUCUGAUAUUAAUAUUGAACUGAUAUUAAUGAUUAUUAGAGGAGCAUUUAUGUGACAUAAAUCUUGAGUUUCAGCUAAUUGGUAUUUGCAGGGAUUCCCUUAUAAUUCCGAAACCGAGGACUGAUUUACUGGCAUGCAGGGUGUAUCAGGGAGGGUUACAGAAAUCAUAUCCUGUAGCCGCAUGGAGACCGUGCCACUUGAGGACUAUGUGCAACUCUUGAAAAGGUGACCUGCACUUUCCUGUAUGUGCGUGCAGAUGGUCAGGUGGACACCUCCACUUGGGUGCAGGAAAACAAUUGUAACUCUCCCCACAGUGAUGCUGAGAGUGAACCAGACAUGGAGGAGACUGAGCAGGGCCUCAUGCCAGAGGAGAUGGAGGUGCCCUUUAUUAGCUAUCAUCUUUCAGACAGAGGGGUUACAGACAUCGGACUGAAGCUGUGUGCUCUCCGUCAGGCGUUCUCUACUCUGCUUGCCAGCAUCCAGAACUUCUUGUUUGUGGUUGGAAAGAAGAUUGUGAUGCGUCUUGCAGCAGCUAACACCCAGGAUGUAGUUGGUGUGCAGCUGGCCUAUGAGUCUUUGGUUCGAAUCCUGAGAAAGCCUUCCUAUCAGGAGUCAAUUAUGACAGAGCUCUUCAGGGGCCCAGCUCCACCAUUACAACUUCCUCAACAUGUUUUAUGUGCUGCUUCUCUUCAGCUACUUCGUGAAUGGCUCAAUACCUGAGGCAUUUGAGGGAGGAUUCUUGGAGAGCCUGUUUGCUCUCAUCAGCAUGUGGGACGUGGACGUGUGGGAGCCUGCGGCAGAGCUGUACUUCACAGUGCUCGUUGAUGGGCUUACAGUGCUUUCUGAAGUGCUCUUUUCUCAGCCCCUGGAGCUCUACUGCGACCCAGCGGCCUCAUCCAGUGGAGUUUUGGGGAUCCUCUGGCAGCAUGUCCAGCUGAUGAUGGACACUUUGGAGAAGCUCUGAGCAAUGCCAUUCCUUCUACCUACCCCUCUGCCACCCCAAGCCCCCUUCCUCUUCAUGCUUUUAUCUCUCUUAAUUUACAAUUGACAUUGUGGGACCCUCGUUAGUUCCUGCUAUCUCUUUUAACAUUAUUCUUGCUAUAAUUAGACUUCCAAAAUAAAUCUUUUCUUCCUCUUGUUGCA